AUUUGAAAAUUCAGAUAUUUUACGAAAGAGAUUGCGGAAAAAAAAAAGGUACGCUUUGUUUAGCAUAUAUCGAAAGAGACUGCUUUCAAUCCCUCCAUCGUGCAGAAUAAAGAAGCCCAUUUGUGCGUUGAAGUGAUAUAUCUUAUAUACUAGGCGCAGCGUUCUUCCUUUUUUUUCCCCCCUUUUGAUGAACCCUUAAAAAUGGAUUUUCUCAACCAAAUCAGAAAGCGACAGAAAGAACUGAAGCUGUCGAACAUUUUAAAUUUCUCCCCCUUAACAAAUGAAGAGAGGAAACACUUAAUAAAAAUAUACGGCUUGCUCGCCGUGGGAACAAUGAUAACUGCAUUGAGUUGCUAUGUUGACAUAUAUUUUUUGAAAAUCCCGAGAUUUAUAGCGUCCAUGAUUAGCUUAUUUUGUUCCUUUGCCUUGGCUGGGUCAUGCAGCUAUUCUCAUUAUGGCAACAUCUUACCAGCUGCAUCGAAAAAGAGAUUACUUUAUUUUGCUGGCAUAUCAUCCGCCAUCGGAAUUUUGAUGAGUGACUAUAUCGCUUACGUUAAUUACCUGAAUCCAUCCAUUCUCCCCUUGGCCUUUUUUGGAAGCCUGUCCAUAUUUUCGUGCUUCUCCUUGUCGGCCAUAUUUUCCAAGAAUAGAAUUUCCCUAUUCCUCGGAACGGUAUUAUGCGCCGUGUGCUCCUACGUAGCGCUGAUUUCUUUUAUGAAUUUUUUUAUAAGGUCACGACAUAUUGACACCACUUUGUUGUAUGUUGGAUUCUUUAUGUACAUGGGAUUCGUCUUAUUCGACACCCAAAUAACGUUGUUUGAUUUUCGCCGGGGAAACAAAGAUUACAUAAUGCACUCCAUUUGUCUGUAUCUCGACUUAGUGGGACUCUUUACGCACUUAUUGAGGAUACUGGGCCAGAAAGAGGAAAAAAAGAAGAAAUGA